AUAAACCUUAUAUUUUUGGUCCCGUGCUUUAAGCUCCGCUCUAUCGCUGGUUUCAGUAGUAGGGCUUUCUCUCUCUAAAAAACACUUCUCUCUCUAUAUCGCUCUCGUACUCCUUUCUCCGCGGCGCACGUUACAAUCGCCGUCUCUAUUUCACGCCUCCGGAGGAUUAGAGGGAGUUUCUGCUAAUCUAGGGUUUUGAUUCGCUGUGAUCUUCAUUUAUAUUUAGAUCUAUUAAAGGAAUAAUUUUCAAGUUUUGAGAAGGGAAUUGACAAUAAAGUUAGGGCUAGGGUUAGGGUUUUAUUGCAUUCAAUUGAUGCAUUGGCGGGGAUCGGAGGCCGCUGUUGAUAAUCUGGGUGUAUUGACCCUGAAAUGGCCAAUCCCGGAGUCGGGAGCAAGUUUGUGUCUGUUAAUUUGAAUAAAUCAUAUGGUCAGCAGCAGCAGUAUCAUCAUCAUCACCAUAAUAAUCAGCAUCAUUCAUAUGGAUUGUCAAGUCGUGCACGCCCUGGAGGUGGAGGUGGAGGUGGAGGUGGAGGUGGAGGUGGAGGUGGAGGAGGAGGAAUGGUUGUGCUUUCGCGGCCCCGUAGCUCGCAAAAGGCUGCUGGACCGAAGCUUUCUGUUCCACCCCCCUUGAAUUUGCCUUCACUGCGGAAAGAGCAUGAGAGGUUUGAUUCAUUGGGAUCAGGUGGUGGGCCUGCUGGUGGUGGUAUUGGGAAUGGAACUCGUCCUAGUUCUUCGGGUAUGGGCUGGACUAAGCCUGCUGCUAUUGCCACACAGGAGAAAGAAGGUGAUCAUACAGUUGAUGACACUAGCAAUAAUCAUGGUGUUGGUCAGGGAUUGGUUGGCGGUAUUAAUGGAGUUAGUAAGGGGGGUGGUAAUGGUAGUGUGUAUACUCCGCCUUCUGCGCGGUCAGUGAUGCCUGCAGUUUCUGUGCCUUCCCAGGGUUACUCAGUAGCAGAAAAAGCUGCAGUUUUGAGGGGUGAGGAUUUUCCUUUAUUGCAGGCUACUUUGCCAGCCACUUCUGGGCCUGAGAAGAAACAGAAGGAUGGUUUGAGUCAGAAACAGAAGCAGGUGUUGAGUCAGGAGAUGGCUGAUGAGUUGAAGAAUGGUUCAAAAUUGGGCUCGUCUAUUGAUAUGCGUCCACAAUCACAGUCAAGGAAUAAUAAUAGCUCUGGGUUGCAAGAAAAUGCUGCUGAUUCUCGUGGUGUGGGUGGUUCUGUCCUGUAUGAGAAAGAUCGGAAACAGGAAGACUACUUUCUAGGGCCACUGCCGUUAGUUCGGUUGAAUCCCAGGUCAGAUUGGGCAGAUGAUGAGCGUGACACAGGGCAUGGUUUGGUGGACCGAGGAAGAGAUCAUGGGUUUUCCAAGAGUGAGGCUUACUGGGAGACAGAUUUUGAUUUUCCAAAGCCAAGUAUUUUGCCACAGAAGCUGGGAAAUACUUUUUUUGACAGGAGGGGACAGCGUGACAAUGAAACUGGAAAGAUUUCUUCCAGUGAAGUCACUAAGGUUGAUAGUUGUGUGAGAGAUGUGAGAAUGUCUACUAGAGAGGGACAGGAAGGAAAUUCGUGGAGAGCCUCUUCACCUCUUUCAAAAGAUGGAUUUGGUGCCCAAGAGUAUGGAAAUGGAAGAAACGGUAUUGGCACAAGGCCAUCUCUGAACAGAGAAGCAACCAAGGAGAGUAAGCACAUAACAUCACCUUUCCGAGACACUGCCCGGGAGGAUGCUGGAAGGAGGGAUGUGGGGUAUGGACAGGGAGGGAGGCAGCCUUGGAAUAAUAAGAUGGAUUCUUUUGGCAAUCGAGGGUCUGAAGGCAAUACUCGAGAUCGUUAUGGCGGUGAACAAUACAACAGAAACAGAGGCGAAGCAUACCAGAAUAGCUCAGUAUUAAAAUCAUCAUUUUCUUUGGGUGCUAAAGGGCUCCCAAUCAAUGAUCCCAUACUGAAUUUUGGUAGGGAGAAGCGUCCAUUCUCCAAGAGUGAAAAACCUUACUUAGAGGACCCUUUUGGGAAGGACUUUGGGGCUAGUCCUUUUGAUGGGCGAGAUCCCUUCUCAGGGGGUUUUCCUGCGCUGGUUAAGAAGAAGAAGGAUGUGCUUAAACAGACUGAUUUUCAUGACCCAGUUAGGGAAUCAUUUGAGGCUGAACUUGAAAAGGUGCAGAAGAUGCAGGAACAAGAGCGACAGCGAGCAAAUGAAGAACAUGACAGAGCUAUGGAGCUAGCUCGGAGAGAAGAAGAGGAGAGAAUGCGGGUGGUCAGGGAACAAGAAGAACGGCAGAGAAAGUUGGAAGAGGAGAGACUGGAAGCCAUCCGGAGAGCUGAACAGGAGAGACUAGAGUCCAUUCGUAGAGCUGAAGAACAGAGGAUAGCUAGAGAGGAGGAGAAACGCAGAAUCCUUAUGGAGGAGGAGAGGAGGAAACAGGCUGCUAAGCAGAAGCUUUUGGAGUUGGAAGAAAGGAUUGCAAAAAGGCAUGCUGAAUCAUCAAAGACUGGUAAUACUAAUUCUUAUGGUGUUACAGAUGAGAAAGUUUCAGAGAUGGUAUCAGAAAAGGAUGUUGCCAAGAUGCCGGAUGUGGGCGACUGGGAAGAUAGUGAAAAGAUGGUAGAGAGGAUCACAACGUCAGCAUCUUCUGAUUCCUCAGGAAUGAAUAGACCAUUGGAGAUGGGGGCUAGGUCUCAUUUCCCUAGGGACGUUUCUUCUGCCUUUUUGGACAGAGGAAAGGUUGUGAAUUCAUGGAAGAGAGAUAUGUUUGAAAAUGGAAAUAACUCGACCUUUCUUCCCCAAGAGCUGGAGAAUGGUCAUCAUAGUCCUAGGCGGGAUGCAUCUAUCGGAGGAAGAACAUUUUCUAGAAAAGAUUUUUAUGGGGGACCUGGAUUCAUCCCUUCUAGAAGUUAUCACAGAGGAAUUCCUGAUACUCAUAUGGAUGAUUUUAGUCAGAUUAAGGGCCAGAGAUGGAACAUUUCAGGGGAUGGUGAUCAUUAUGGUAGAAAUGCUGAGAUGGAGUCUGAAUUUCAUGAUAACAUAACCGAGAGAUUUGGUGAUACAGGAUGGAUGCACAGUCGCUCUCGUGGCAAUCCCUUUCCUUCAUAUCAUGAACGAGUGUAUCAAAAUCCUGAAGCAGAUGGAAUUUAUUCCUUUGGGAGGUCACGGUAUCCAAUGAGGCAGCCUCGUGUUCUACCUCCUCCAACUAUGAAUUCAAUUCUCAGAAACCCUUACAGACCUGAGAAUGAACGUCCUGGUCCCUCAACUUUUCCAGAAAGUGAGAUGCAUUACAAUCAUGGUGCUAGAAAUGAAUCUUCCUUGCAGACAAGGUACGAGAGCAGCCACCAAGAGAAUGUGGGACGUGCUGAGAGGAUUGAUACUCGGCAGGACCAUGCUGAGAAUGAAACGCACUUAUUGGAUAGGAGCACGGCAAGAUGUGACUCACAGUCGUCACUCUCUGUUUCAAGCCCCCCUGACUCUCCAGUUCAUCUCUCCCAUGAUGACUUGGAUGAAUCUGGAGAUUCUCCGGUGUUAUCAGGUAAUGAAGGCAAAGACAUAACAUUGUUGGAACAACUGAAUGAAUCUGCAACCUUAUCUAUUGAGGCUGAUAAAGAGAAUAUGGCGAGUGGUUCAAGUGUUGUCUCCACUGGUGAUGGUGAUGAUGAUGAAUGGACUGUUGAAAAUGAUCAACAGUUGCAGGAACAAGAAGAAUAUGACGAGGAUGAAGAUGGUUACCAGGAAGAAGAUGAAGUGCAUGAUGGAGAAGAUGAGAAUGUUGACUUGGUGCAAAAUUUUGAAGAUCUGCAUCUAGAGGAGAAAAGUUCACCUGACAUGGACAACUUGGUCCUUUGCUUCAAUGAAGGUGUAGAAGUUGGGAUGCCAAGUGAUGAGUUUGAAAGAUGCUCCAGGAAUGAAGAUACUAAGUUUGUGAUUCAACAAGUUUCUGUAGAUGAACAAAGUUCCUUUAACGGGAUGCUCAACGAUGGACAAACCCAUCAAGGUGUGGAUGGUUCUACUCAACCGAGCAUUGAUAAAUCUUCCAGGAUCUUCCAGGAAACUGAGAAGGAUCUGCAAGAUUUGGUAAUUCAACCUAAACAUGUUCCUCAAACAUCUGCAGCAUCUGAACUCGUUGAUCAUGCGGAUGCUUCUAGUAGUUCUGGCUUGCUUACUCAUUCUGAAGUCUCAUUUUCAUCAGGUCAGAAUGUCAUGUCCAGUGUACCCUCUGUUCUUGGUCAGCCUGAGGUACCAGUUAAACUUCAGUUUGGGUUAUUCUCUGGUCCUUCUCUUAUACCAUCACCAGUUCCAGCAAUACAGAUUGGUUCUAUACAGAUGCCCCUUCAUCUGCAUGCACCAGUUGGCCCAUCCCUCCCUCACAUGCACCCAUCACAACCUCCUCUCUUCCAAUUUGGUCAGCUGAGGUAUACAUCUCCUAUUUCACAGGGGAUAUUGCCAUUGGCUUCGCAAUCGAUGUCCUUUGUUCAGCCUAAUGUUGCAACUAAUUUUCCUUUGAACCAAAAUACGGGAGGUUCACUGGCUAUCCAACCUGGUCAGGAUACUGCUGCUUUGAAUCUUAUGAAAAGUGAAGCCUUGUCUCUAUCAGUGGAUAAUCAACCAGGUCUUCUUCCAAGGAACUUAGAUAUCUCUCAUCAUCUACUGUCAAAAGAGGGAAAUUCAUUGCCACUGAGAGAAAAUGCUGCUAACAAUGUGAAGCAGGGCCAAGGGGAGAUUUCUAACAUUAGUGAUAGGAACUCUAGGCCUGAACCAGGUUUCCGAGCAGACGAUUCAUUCAUGAAAAAUUUCAAACCUACCAAGGAAGUGGAAGGCCGAACUCAAUCAGAGGCAACAUUAUCCCAGUUAGUUUCUAAAGAAAAAGAUAUAGGUUCCUCCAAGGCUCGGGGUUUAAUAUCAGGAGGGAGAGGUAGAAGAUAUGUCUUUGCAGUGAAAAAUUCUGGCUCAAAGUCGUCAAUGCAUGCUUCUGAAAAUUCUCGCCAAGAUCCUACUGGAUUGCAGAGACCUCGACGCCAGCGAACUGAAUUUCGGGUACGGGAAAGUUAUGAAAAGAGGCAAUCUGCUGGGCUUGUUUUGUCUAGUCAACAUGGGAUUGAUGACAAGUCUAAUAACAGUGGUAGGGGUAUUGGAUCAAGAAGCAUCUCAAGGGGGAUGGUUUUGCCUAAUAGACAACCAAAACAGGCAUUUGAAUCAGAAAUGAAUUUGCAGCCAGUUGCUUCACGGGAGGUAGAUUCAGGAACUAAGGCUGAAAAGGGAGCUGGAAAAGAAUCUUUGCGAAAACACUCAGGAGAGGACGUUGAUGCACCUUUGCAAAGUGGAAUUGUGCGCGUUUUUGAGCAACCUGGCAUAGAAGCUCCUAGUGAUGAUGAUGAUUUUAUUGAGGUGAGGUCGAAGAGGCAAAUGCUGAAUGAUCGCAGAGAACAGAGAGAGAAAGAAAUCAAGGCAAAGUCUCGGGUCACAAAGAUGCCGCGGAAAGUUCGUCCUAGCCUGCAAAACGCUGUUGGGUCUGUUUCUGUUGCCUCAAAUAAAAUUUCUGCAGCAGUUGGUGCAGAAGCACUAAAUGGCAUUCACACAGAUUUUGUUGGCACUGAUGGACAUGGCUUAGCAAAGGUUGAAGUUUCUGCAGGGUUUAAUGCCCCCAUGGUGUCACAACCAUUGCCUCCAAUUGGCACGCCUGCUUUGAAAACUGAUACCCCAGCUGAUAUGAGAUCCCAAACAAUCAAGUCCUUCCAAACGGGAUCCUUACCUGUUGUAUCAGGAAGUGGAAAGAACCUUGCAACUGGUCUGAUGUUUGAUGGCAAGAAUAAAGUUCUGGAUAAUGCUAAAACAUCUCUGGGGUCUUGGGGCAAUUCACGGAUCAAUCAACAGGUUAUGGCGUUAACACAGACUCAACUUGAUGAGGCUAUGAAGCCUGCACAAUUUGAUACACAUUCUUCUGUUGGAGAUCCUUCUAAAUCAGUUAGCGAGUCCAGCUUGCCAUCAUCAUCCAUCUUGACUAAAGACAAGUCAUUUUCUUCUGCUACUAGUCCAAUCAAUUCAUUGCUUGCAGGGGAAAAGAUUCAAUUUGGUGCAGUAACAUCUCCAACUAUUCUCCCUCCGAGCAGCCGUGCUGUUUCCCAUGGAAUUGGGCCCCCAGGUCCCUGUCGGUCAGACAUCCAAAUUUCUCACAAUCUCUCUGCAUCUGAAAAUGACUGCUCCAUUUUUUUUGAAAAGGAGAAGCAUUCCAAUGAAUCUUGUGCCCAAUUGGUAGAUUGUGAAUCUGAAGCUGAAGCAGCUGCUUCUGCAAUUGCUGUUGCAGCCAUAAGUAAUGAUGAGAUUGUUGGGACUGGGCUGGGUUCAGGUCCCGUCUCUGCUUCAGAUUCCAAAGACUUCAGUGGUGCAGACAUUGAUAGUUUAACUACAGGUGUAUCUGGCGAUCAACAGUUAUCAAGGCAAUCAAGAGCUGAAGAAUCUCUUAGUGUUGCUCUUCCUGCUGAUCUCUCUGUUGAGACACCACCAAUAUCUUUGUGGCCUCCUUUGCCGAGUCCACAAAAUUCUUCUAGCCAGAUGCUUUCUCAUGUCCCUGGGGGUACACAUUCACAUUUUCCUUUCUAUGAGAUGAACCCGAUGUUGGGGGGACCUAUUUUUGCUUUUGGGCCGCAUGAUGAGUCUGCAUCUGCCCAAUCACAGUCUCAAAAGAGUAAUACUUCAGUAUCCGGUCCACUGGGAACAUGGCAGCACCAUUCUGGUGUAGACUCAUUCUAUGGCCCUCCAGCAGGUUUCACUGGCCCUUUUAUCAGCCCUCCUGGAAGCAUCCCUGGGGUUCAAGGUCCACCGCACAUGGUUGUCUAUAAUCAUUUUGCACCAGUUGGUCAGUUUGGACAAGUAGGCUUGAGUUUUAUGGGUACCACCUAUAUCCCGUCGGGAAAGCAACCUGAUUGGAAGCAUAAUCCCGCAUCUUCUGCCAUGGGUGUUGGUGAAGGGGAUAUGAGUAGUCUGAAUAUGGUUUCUGCACAGCGCAAUCCCAACAACAUGCCGGCCCCUAUGCAACAUCUUGCUCCAGGGUCACCGCUCUUGCCUAUGGGUUCUCCACUGGCCAUGUUUGAUGUUUCUCCUUUCCAGUCUACUCCUGACAUGUCAGUCCAGGCUAGAUGGUCACAUGUUCCAGCAUCGCCUCUUCAAUCAGUUUCUGUGUCAAUGCCAUUGCAGCAACAGGCAGAAGGGGCACUUUCUUCUCAGUUCAACCAUGGGCCAUUGGACCAGCCAUUACCUAACAGGUUCUCGGAGUCUCGAACAACCGCACCUUCUGACAAGAACCAUAAUUUCCCUGUGGCCAAUAGUGCAACUGUGACCCAAUUACCAGAUGAAUUUGGGUUGGUAGACUCAUCAAGCUCCACCACUGCUAGCACUUCUACACAGAAUGUUGUCGCUAAGAGCUCAUCUGCUAGCAACAUUGUGGAUGCUGGUAAGACAGAUGGCUUGCAGAAUAGCAGUGGGAGCACCAACAGUGGCCAGAGUACAAGUUCUGCUUUCAAGACACAGCCUUCCCAUCAUAAGAGUAUGUCUGCUCACCAUUACAGUACUUCCUCUGGGUAUAAUUAUCAAAGAGGUGUAGUAUCUCAGAAAAAUAGUUCUGGAGGCGAGUGGUCCCAUCGCAGGAUGGGAUACCAAGGAAAGAAUCAAUCUUUGGGUGCAGAAAAGAGCUUUCCUCCUUCAAAACUGAAGCAGAUUUAUGUAGCUAAACAGACUACAAGUGGGACGUCAACAACAUCAUGAAGAAAAAUAGAAAAUUGAGGUGCUUGGAUUUAGACAUUGAAAGUAUCAGGACUGAAACAUCUUUUCAGUGAAAAUUUUGGUUUUCUUUUGACAGAAUAUUUAGCAAGGAAGUUGGCUGAGAGUGGAGUUUUAGUGGUAUAUGAAUUGAUAAAGCCAGUUUUCCAGAUGAAGUUUACAGUACUGGUUGACUAUCUGUUGGUGGAUCCUGCGUAUGGGUCUUAAGAUCAUAAGAGUUCUAAAUUCUACUGGUUGGUUGGGUUGCCUGCUCUGCUAUUGCAAGUUUUGUGUAUUAGCUAGGUCGUGAUUUAUCAUUAUUUUUUUUGGGUUCGCUUUACUGGCUGCACAAAACCUAAUUGUAAUUUCUUGGGAUUGAUGUAUUAAAACGAGCAACGAACAAUGCGUUAUUGAUGCUGUUAAUGAUAAUGAUAAAUACAGGCUUUGAGAUUGUUGGCUCAAGGUCUCCCAUUGUCUUUUA